UGUUAAAGGUAACUGAACCGAAAAUCUCAUAGCCACUGAAGUAACCGAGCCACAUCAAGUCCACAAAUUUCAUAAUUCUUUUGUUUUUGUCUGUUUUGACAGUUGACCUGAAGUUGCAAGGGAGACUCAGAGUAGCUUCUCCUCCGAGGAAACAGCUUAAGAAGAAAGGUCGUUGACCACUAAGUAAGUGCUCAUGGCUACCGAGGAACCCUCGAACCAGCAGACGGAGAUGUUGCCACCAAAGAAGCCAAAAGAUGAUCCAACGCCAGCCAUCAGAGAUAUCCUCGAAAUCGUGGAUAAUUUGCAUAAGAAGUUUGUCCCUCCAUCCCAAAAGGAACAAGUUCUAACAGCGUCUAAAAGCAUGGGUGCUAACAACUCCUCACAAGUCUCUGAGAAUGUGCAUCUGAGGACUACGACCAGUCUCCCUGUACCUUCUUCAACAGAGCAGGAUGACACCGAGCGUUAUAUCCCUAAGCUGAGACGUAACCUACGUCUUCUCAAGGAGGAUGUGGUGAAGCUGCAAGAUCUUCGCUGCGAAGUUGCGGAUGAGGUCGGGAAACAUAUCACUCCGCUCGAAAAGCUGCUCAAGAAAGUUGAAAAGGGUUCUUCAACAGCUGUGUUGACCAAGGGUAUGAAGAAAGAUCUUGAGGACAUCAACAAGAAGAUCUUUAACUUGAUGUGUCAGGUCCCUUUGCUGCCCAACAAACGCAGAAAGCCUGGUGGGUUAGACUCUGAGGGUGGAGAUGGAGAGAACAAUGGCAAAGGUAUCGAGUGCUUGCCUGGUAUCCAUGCCAAUGAAGAAGAUCUCAAACGACUCGCGGUUUUCAGAGAUGUGAGAGACAGAUUCAAGAAUCUUAGUGUUGAACGCAGGAUCUGUCUCCUGAGCUUUGCUGUUUUCCCUGAGAAUCAAGAGGUGAACAGAACGAUGCUGAUGUACUGGUGGAUCGGGGAAGGCAUUUUGAUUUGUGAAGAGAGACCUGAAGAUGUUGUGAAGGAGAUUCUUGACGAGUUCGUUAAGGAAAAGUUGAUAGAGCCUGUUGAAAACAAACGCAAAGUGGAGCCGAACAGCUACAAGAUGACACCGUUUGUGCAUUCUUCAGUGGUUCUCAUCUCAAAGGAGAUCAAACUCUUUGAUAUUUAUCACAAAGGGAAGAAGCCAACCAUGCACAAAUCAGACCUAAACAAGGUCUGUCUUGUGGAAGGUUCAUCAAGCCAACCAGAAGCAAAAGCUACUAAAAUGCCAGGCGUGAAUCUCAUCGAGACAGUGUUCAAUGUCUCCGAGAGGUUUCCCGAUUUCGCGUUCAAAUGGUUCUCUGAGGAUCAACCAGCAGCGAAGAAGAAGUUUGGUCCUAUGUCAAAGACUGUGUUUAAGUCUCUCAAAGUGUUUUACUUAGGUAGGUGGGAGAGAACCGCCAAGCGCCACAUCGAAGUGGAGAAUCCAGAGCUCAUGAGACACUUGAAGCAUAUGACUAAACUAAGGCUUUUGAGCUUUCAAGGGAUCUCGAGAAUCGAAAGGCUUGAUGAUGCUGUCUGUAAGCUCCGUGAGCUGAUCAUCUUGGACCUUAGAGCUUGCUAUAACUUGGAGAAGCUUCCGGAGAAGAUAGAUUCGCUCAAGGCACUGACUUACUUGGACAUUACGGAUUGUUACAUGAUAGAUCGCAUGCCUAAGAGGUUGUCGUGGUUGAAUAACUUGGUGGUUCUGAAAGGGUUUGUUGUGAGUGAUGCUAAUGAUGAGGAGAAGGUCUGCACGUUGGCUGAGUUGGUGCAUUUGGAGAAGCUGAGGAAGCUGAGCAUUACAAUAAACAAAGGUGAUUUUAGUGUAAGUGAUCUGUUCCGUGCUGUUGAGGAAUUCAAAAGUCUUGAGAAGUUUAAAGUGGCUUGGGGAGGUAUUAAUGAACAUAAGAAAGUUGAAUCUACUGGUGGGGUAGUAAGAGGGCUCAUAAGAACGUUGACAAUGGUUUCUAAGGCCCCAGCAUCCCUAGAAGGAAAACUUCCCAAGCUUCCUGAGACACUGAGGAAACUUGACCUGCAGUGUUUUCCUGAUCGGGAGCUUCCUACGUGGCUUCAGCCACAUAGACUUGGUGGUCUGGAGAAACUGUACAUUAAAGGAGGAACUGAACUUACUGGAUUUAGAAAGUUUGAGCCUGAGGAGACAAAGGAGUGCAAAGUCGAGGUCUUGCGUCUGAAAUUUCUUCCCAGGUUCAAAGUGGAGUGGAGGGAGCUGAGGGAACUCUUUCCAAAGCUGGAGUUCUUGGACAAGUAUCAGUCUCCUCAGGUUAGCUUCUGCCCCUGCGAUGGAAUUGGAAUCUGGCGCGCAAAAAUAGUCUAAGCAACUGUAAACUAAGAGUUCUCAGCUGUUCCAAGCCUUCUUCUGCUAUUGUAUUCUGUUUCUUUUAGUUCUUAUUGUUGUUGUGUGUAUUUGCUUCUCAUUUCGUAUUUGAUGUAUUACUGUUUUGCUUUUAAGUGCUGUUGUUUGUGAACUGUUGAACAAAUGAGCUUGGAAUGUUUGCUUUACUUUAUGAUUAACAAUGUCUGUA